CGCUGGCUCCUCCCGCCGUGCAGCCGCCAUCGCUUCCCCCGGCAACGCUGCGAGCCCCGCGGGGUCCGCCCGGCCCUGCGCGGCGCUGCUGUCCCUCAUCCCGGGGAGCCCCGCGCCGCUGUGUCGCUGCCGGGGCCCGCGCCGUGCCUCAUGGCAGCCAUGCCCUGCUCCGAGGUCGCCCUGCAGCCGUCCCCCAGCAAGAAGCAGAAGGGCUCGGCGGCCGGGGAGCCCUCCGCGCGGCUCCGCUUCACCAAGCUGUCCGAGAACGCCUGCGCUCCAUCCAAGGGCUCUGCGCGGGCCGCGGGCUACGACUUGUACAGUGCCUAUGACUACGUGAUUCCACCCAUGGAAAAGGCUGUAGUGAAAACAGACAUUCAGAUUGCGCUUCCUUCUGGAUGCUAUGGCCGAGUAGCACCACGUUCUGGUUUAGCUGCAAAGCACUUCAUAGAUGUUGGUGCUGGUGUUAUUGAUGAAGAUUACAGGGGAAACAUUGGUGUGGUACUCUUCAACUUUGGCAAGGAGACUUUUGAAGUUAAGAAAGGAGAUAGAAUUGCCCAGCUCAUCUGUGAACGCAUUUUCUAUCCUGAGCUAGAAGAAGUCCAAGCUCUAGAUGAUACGGAACGUGGCGAAGGUGGCUUUGGUUCUACUGGAAAGAACUGAAAAUGAUUUGAAUGUGCUUUCUAUUGCUUUUUUUAUUGUUCUACUUCUGAACUUCCAUUUGAAUUAGAUGAAAUAUUUUGAAAGACUUGGUCAGUUUGCUUUUUUUUUUAAUAUAUAUAUUUUCUCCUCAUUAAUGAUAUUUGUUUGUGUUAAUCUUCUGAAAGCAGUCUUUCAUGUGUAUCAGUAUUUUAUACUGAGAGCUUACUUUGUACAGAGUUAGCAAUAAUAUAUGUAUCAAUAUGACUUCCUACUGUGACCCCUAAGCCAGAAUAAGGUGAAGAUAUUCAAUAUUGCAUCUUCUAUGACCUGUCAGAAAUGGUUGUUUCUUCUCAAAGGUAAUGUUCUAACUUUGAUCCUUAUCUGGUUCUCAAAUAGCCAUCUUUUCAGCUCACUACAUAAAGAGCAGGGAAUAUGGUGUGUAAAGUAAAUAUUACAACUCAUCUGGAAGUCACUUCAAUAUAGUAAAUAAAUGCUAUGAAAUGU